AAAGAUGACUCAAAUCACACAAUAGGAGUGGAAUUUGGCUCAAAGAUAAUAAAUGUUGGUGGUAAAUACGUAAAGUUGCAGAUAUGGGACACGGCAGGCCAAGAGCGGUUCAGGUCUGUGACGAGAAGCUACUACAGGGGUGCGGCAGGGGCGCUGCUCGUCUAUGACAUCACCAGAUGCCAGAAUGCUCGCGAGUCAGAGCAUCGUCAUCAUCCUCUGUGGGAACAAGAAGGACCUGGACCCCGAUCGGGAAGUCACUUUCCUAGAAGCCUCCCGGUUUGCUCAGGAAAAUGAGCUGAUGUUUCUGGAGACGAGUGCACUGACCGGGGAGAACGUGGAAGAGGCCUUCGUACAGUGUGCGAGAAAGACACUUAACAAAAUUGAAUCAGGUGAGCUGGACCCAGAAAGAAUGGGCUCAGGUAUUCAGUAUGGAGAUGCGGCCUUGAGACAGCUGCGGUCUCCACGCCGCGCACAGGCCCCGAGCGCACAGGAGUGUGGCUGCUGAAGCAGCAGGGUGCACAGGUGUUCAUACAGUGGUAUUUGGGACACAAUUGUUGGAGCUUGAAGAAGUUUUUUUUUUUAACCACCAUCUUUUUCUACUUUAAAUGGAAGUAGAUCUUUGUGCAAAAAAAAUAAUUUGGGUUGUUAUGCAAGCUAGUAGAUGUGGCACAGCAAACGUAUAAUAAAUCCAGUUCAGUGAACAAGACCAUUAAAUGUACACAUAUAUGUAAAAAUGUUCUGUUCCGUAUUCGCCCUCUCACCCCAGUUUGAAUCCUGGCUGUGUACUGUAUAUAAGCUACUCCAGUACGUCUCCACAGCAUGGUAUCUGAUGUAUGGUAUGAUCAAUAGAGUGUUGCACUAAAUGCAGUCUAAUACUUCAUUUUUUUUUAAUCGUCUGAACUAAAAUCUGUUCAUUGUGAGGUGUGCUUUGAUCAUCGCGUCGGUUAUAUUGCACAGUUGGUUAUGUUUAUGACCUGAUAUUCAGAGACACUGGCAUUGAUCGCCAAUGCAGUGCUUAGUUAAUUCCAUUUACCACAGUCCAAAGGUGUUAUGUGAGCCACACUCGAAAUACUAGAUCAGUAGUUACUCACAUACCAAAACAAAAUGAAAAAUGGAGUUUUUCCAUGAACUUUACACUGUCCAGCACCCUGUUGAUUUUAAAGUAUCUUCAUCAGACCAGUUCAGGAAGUAGAGCUGAGCACCUGCUCUGUCACAGGCACUGUGAUUAGUACUAAAGAUGCUGGUACCUUUAACCAAACUUCCUAGGCAAGCGAUCUACUCUCAGCAUCUGGUCAGUGCAAUAGAUGAACCAUGUACCAGGGGCUGCUCACCUGGUCCCAGUUUGCUGAACCACCUGGUCUCCCUGUUAGAAAACACAUCGUUUGCUACUGUGCUUUUUCUGGGAUUCAGUAUCAGAGCAUCACUGCCUCUUUUUUAGUCUUUUGUUGUUUUGUGUUCAUUUUAAGGCAACCCACUAAAUCAAGUUAAUUUUAAAGGGACACCACUAAGAAGUUUCUGUACAACUUUUGCCUUAUGACAGUUAUCAAGUUAACAUGUUUUUAAUUCACAUGAGUUAUAUUGAAGUCUAAUAUAUAUUGUAUUACAAAGACUUGUUCUAAUAUUUUAAAAUGUUUAUGCAAAAAAUAUAUAAUAGAACUUCUCUUUAAAGUUAAAAUACAGCACUACUUAAAGCUGAAAGGUUUAAAAGCAUUCUUCACCUUACAUGUGUUCUUCCACUGUGACUUUUAGCUGCAAACUGGUAAAUUUCAUUACCUUUAAGUUGGAAGCUGCCUACUGCUUUUGUUGUUUUGUUUUAACCAACAGAGCACAGCAGCACUACAAACUCUGGGAAGUGACUUGGAUAAAAAUAUCAGGAUAUAGCUGUUUUACGUACUUUAAUUUUGCUUCUUUUAUGUCUCGAAUAUUUGAUUUUGAAAAGUCAGGAUAUGAAGCAAAUUCUCAGACUGAGCUGCUUCUUGGACCUCGCUAGAAGAAUGUUUCAUUCAGUAUCUCAUUUACAGUGGGUUUGCAAGCUGCUCGUUUUGGGACAGCUUUUUGCAUGGGGUAGGAGCAUGUCUGUUUGACCACAUCAGUUUAUUCAAAAGCAAAAAUUUUUUUUAAAUAAGAUAAAUGUUAAGUUGAUUUAUAAGUGAGCCUGUUAAUUAAACCCCAGGUACUGCAUAUAAUUCCACAUCCCUUGACCAAUAAAAGUUGCUGGAGAACCAAACCAUGGUGGUUCUUAAUAAAGGCCUUUAGGAAAAAUGAAGAGGGGAGAAGAUGUGGUAUUUGGUCCGUGGAGUGUUUUCCAACACCACCAACCAAUCCUCUGAUUCUUCACACACCAGAUGGGUUCUGUUCUGACCCUGUCUACACGGAGAUGGCAUCAGAUUCCAUAGGUUAAGGGCUGAGUAGGCAUCACCACCACUACCACCACCCGCCCCCAGACACACACUGCAGAUGUCAGUCACCCGUCCAGGUUGUUACCUGUGCUUCUCACCUAUGAGCACAGGUUAAGUGCUAAGGUUAAGUCAGCACUAAGUCUGAGGUUCCCACGACCCCCUCCUCGGGUUUGAUUAACUUCUAGAGCAGCUCACAGGACUGAGAGAAACGGUUUCCUUACGAGAUUACUGGUUUAUUGCAAAGGAUGUUAAAGGAUACAAAUGAACGGCAGACGGGGAGAUACAUAGGGCCAGGUCUGGAAGGGUACCGGGCACAGGAGCUUCUGUCCCCGUGGAGUUUGGGGUGCGCCACCCUCGCGGCACAUGGAUGUCUUCCUAUUCACCAACCCGGAAGCUCAGAAGCUCCUCAAAUCCUGCUGUUCAAGAAUUUUUCUAGAGCUUAAUCUCCAGCAUCCCCCUUCCCUGAGGCCAGUGGGUGGAGCUAAAAGUUCCUUCGAUCUUUCUGGUGACCAGCCCCACACUGAGACUCUCUAGGGGACACACCUGAAGUCAGUUCAUUAGCAUAAACUCUGCUCACAAGGGACCCCUAAAACUCAGGAAAUUCUAAGGGUUUUAGGAGCUUUGUGUCGGGAACCAGAGAUAAAGACCAAAUAUAUCUAGUUACAAACGUUAUGUAUGUAUUUCCCACGACUUACUAAGUUUUCAGGAUGCUCUUAAUUUACAUAUCUAGAAAAGCAUUUUCUCAGUCUUCCUGGAAAAAGAUUCUACACUCCAUCUGGACUUGGGAUUAUAAUUUAUUCUUUCACAGUCCAGCAUUUAAGUGAAAAUGAAAACAUCACAAUUUGGGAAACUAUAACGGUUUUUUGAAAACAUAUUACUUGUGACUUAUGCAAGAGUUUUUGAAAUCUUUAAGAACAUUGAUUCCUAGCAGAUCAGUAUCAUUCAGAGUGAAAAAAGUGCUAAAAUUAGUAAUUUAAAUAAUCUGUAAUUCAUACCAUGACACAGUAGAUGGUUCUUUAUUUUCUGUCAAAUUUGUCCUUUUUUUUUGCUUUUUUUGGAGGGGAAAAUUAGAGGGACUUUAAAACACCCGUAAAGUUUAAAAUAACUUUUUGUGCUAGUUGUAAAGUGAUUUCUCUUUACUAAUCAGUCUACCUGUGCACCUACAGACAAUCUGAGUUUAUCCCAGUUGUUGCUUGGUCGCUUCCUGAUUGUAUUUACUUGUUUAAGGAGUUGCUUUUAGAAUUGUAGACGGAUUUAUCUGAGGACACUCAACCUGCCAGCUUCAGAAAGAGGAGCCAUUUGCCGGCCAUCACCCUCCAAGGUCAGCAGCGGACUUAUGGGAGUGUUUGAACUUAAACACGUAUGGAGAAAAUAGCACAUAGAACCACUGUGUCAGCUAGCUUCCACAAUUGUCCGCAUUAUGCCAAUCUUGUUUUAUCUACUGUACCUUUGCCCCACUUUUUUUAUGCUGUAAUAUUUGGAAACACCCAAAACAUCUGUCAUUUCACCCAAAAAUAGUUCAGUAUGCAUCUCUGACAAGAAUAUAUUUUUUUAGUUUUAUAUAAUCAACAUACCAUUGGGAACUUCAUAAAAGAUAGUGUUACAAGCCAAGAAUGGCUAUGGCUUUUUCUUGCAAUUAUAUAAAGUUGUCUUUCUGGCAUGUAUUGAAGAAGCAAGAUGCACAUCUUUAAUCCAGCAUUACAGGAGGUCAUUUCCCAACAUGUGGCUAAUUGUACUGGAAGUUCUGUCCCCGAGCCCAGGGGACAGUUGUACCUUCAGCAGGGACACGGGGCAGCCAGCCUGCCACCCACAGCCAGCGCAGCUUCAGAGUGGUGGGACCCCUCACCGGACUGGUUGUUAGACCUUCUCAGUAUCACACUUGCUGCCGUAGUAAUGUGAGGCACACCUAAUUUAAUCACCUCAGCAUGUCUACAUGAAGGACGUAUUGAACUUGACCCAUGCAUCUCCGGAAGUUACGCUACCAAGUAUGAAGCGGGUCGAGCUUGCAAUAAUGUCAGCAUGCUCCUUCAUCCUAGAGCACGUUGUCCUUCACCUGCGGGAACUGGAUGAGAAAUAGAUAAGCCUGUGCUCUGACAGCUCCUUUCUCUAACUUCUUGAUGUCAUGUGUAAAUUUCAUUUUAAAGAAAAGCUAGCAUUUUCAGAAAAACACUAAAUUUCUGAGUAUGUCACAUUCCAAAAUGCCAUAGAAAUAAUUAUAUUCACUAAAUAUUUAAGGGCCACCUAACUCUGUGUGAGAGUAAAGUGCUAAGUUCUGUACGUUGGGUGGGGAGCCGUCAAAUCAUUUUACAUUGACUAGGAAAACUUGUGAUUAAUUUGGGCUAAGUCCACCACACCAUCCUCCUUUCCAGAAAAGUCACCAUGUUGGUUUCUGUGGCUAUAAACAUCUGUCACAUGCCCUCACGCUAUGCCUAUUUCCUGGGGAAAAUGGUGCUUUUAUAGGACACUCUUGUGUUUCUCCGAAUGCCCCUUGCUUUCUCAUCGCCUCUCUGCCUUUGCAUGGACUGUGUUUCACUGCCCUCACCCUGUAACACACCCUGCAGGCGGUCCAGGUCCGUCAGGCUGCAGCCCCCUUGUCCUGACGGGUGCAGCUGGGAGCCCUCAGUAACCCUCUCCCACUCCUGACAUGUGCAGACACACCGCUCCAGUCCUACGCUGUCCUGACCUUGCUUUGGUAUCGGUCACGUUGGUCCGUAGAUUGUCUUUAUUUGUCUUCUCUACUGGGCUGAGACUUCCCUAGGAAAGGGCUGCCUUCUGUGUGCCUAGGGCCUGGCAAAUAGAAAGGACUCCAGUGCUUGUGGGAAGGACAAACGAUCAGAGUCAGUUGUGUCCCCAAGUCCUUCUAAAGCACCUGGAUAUCAAGCCUACCCACUGCAAGAUGCCUGUUUUGCAAAGUCUCCCGAAAGGUGGUUAUCUGAUCCUACUCAGCCCCUUCCUGUCUGGGAGGGAGUUUCGUAGCUCCUAGAGCUCACUUUCAAAUGAUAUCACCAAGAUGGCGAAGUAGGGAGACCCCGGCCUCCAUCCCCCGACUCCCAACAAAGAUCAGCAAUUAGCUAUCCACAGAGAAAAACAGCUCUGGGAGAACUCAGGAGUCCACUUCACAGCUGCUCAGUGGAACAAAACCCUGAAAAUAAUCACACAGAAAGGGAAGAACAGCUUCCUCUUGUCUGCAUCACCCCAUCCCCCAGGCCAGCACUGCUCAGCACCAAGAGGGAGCUCCCCAGCUAGACAGAGUUCUCCUCCACAGGAAAGGGGGGGGGGGCGUGAGCGACUAGCUUCCCCAGCCUUUUGGGGCACCACACAAGGGACCUGUUCAGUUUCACCCCACCUAGAGACCAGCAAAGCAAAGUGUCAGCCGUGCAGCUGGAACAACCAUGGUUCCUAGUGCCCUGCUCCGCAGAGGAGCCCGCCAGCUCUCCGUAGUUACCACCCCGUGGGUACUCCCAUUCCUGGGCACCUGCUGCCUGAGUCCCUCCCCAUUCUCCCUGGCCCCGCCAGAGCCCAGGCCUCUGCAGCUACAUAGGUGCAAGAUGCCCGCCUAGGCCCCUGUGGCUGACCCCCGUUGCCGGGUGCACAGUGUGGCCAGCCCCUCCCAGCUGUGCACCUGCACACCCCCAGGCUGAUCCCCGUCACCAGCCUCCGCUGUUGUGUACACACCUGUGGGGAGAUUCUGCAGCUCUAGGAAAGUACACCACCUGCCAGGGCCCCCGCAGCUGCUGUGGGCCCACGCUUGGCCCAAGCCCUUGCAACUGGCCUUGUUCCCCACCACUAUGUGUGAGUCUGCGACCAGCCCCUGCCACUACACAGGCACCUGCAGCUGGUCUCCACAGCCAGGUGUGUGCACACCUCCAACUGUGGCCAUUACUGCUUCCUGCCCUGUGCCCCAGCAGCUGAACCUGGAGGUACCACUGAGGAACCCACCAGCCCUUGCAGCCACUGCAGAGCCCCGCACAGUGCUUGCCAGGAACCACACAGUUGAUGCUGUGACCCUCAGUUGCCUGAGCCAAUGGCACAGUAUCCCUCCCACCCAGACUACCCCCGACCCUGCACUUGGAACCCCGCACCACUAGGCCUGGGAUCCCAGCACACUCCGGCAUGCCCCCGCCUGCAGGUGAAGGUCUUUCCUUAUACCAAAGUCAGCCCGUAAAGUCUGGAAGAGAGCUGCUGCUUCAAGUGCACAGAUACCUAUUAAUAGCAAGACUGCAGGGAUCACAAAGCAUCAGGGAAUCGUGAGACCAUCAAAGGAACACGGCAAACUUCCAGUAACUCUCCCCAGAGCAAUGGGGACACAUGAGUUGGCCAACAAAGAAUUCAAAAUAAUUGUUCCAAAAAUGCUCAGAGAGCUACAAGAGAACACAGAUAGAACAACAAAAUCAGGAGAACAAAACGAGAAGUUCAACAAAGAGAUAGAAAACAUAAAAGAGAACCAAACAGACAUUUUGGAGCUGAAGAAUACAACGACUGAACCAAAGAAUUGAAUACAGAGCUUCAACAGCAACGGAAGAAAGAAACAGUGAGCUUGAAGACAUAGCAUUGGAAAUUAUUCAAACAGAGAAGCAAAGCGGGGCGGGGUUGGGGGGGGGGGCGGGGAUGAAAAGCCUCCAGGACUUACAGGGCACCGUUAAGAGACAGUCUGCACAUCACUGGAGCCCCGGGAGGAGGAGAGAGGGAGGGAGAGCGGGAAGCUUGUUUAAAGAAAUGAUGGCUGAGAACUUCCCAAACCUUGGGAGGCGUUUGGAGUCCAAGUUUCAGUCCACAACUCUCUUUCCAAGACACAUGGUAAUGAAACUGUCUAAAAUCGUAACUCUCAGAGCAGCCUCUUCGUUUGCGACUGUUGACGUCAGUGCCUAGUUACCCAGUUGUCUUGUUUUACAUUCUAGGGUUAAGAGCUUUGCUGUUUAGGUUGCAGGUUUUGUUGUUUGGACCAGUAUUUCUUGGGAACGCUGUCUGUGCACUCUUAGUUGGCCUCUUGGUACCUGACGGUACAGCCUGUGGGCAAGCAGGUGCCCAGACUGCUGUGCUGUCCGUGUGCACUGACCAGUCACUUGAGGCUGUGAGAAGCAAUAGAACAGACGAUUUGUCGAUAAACGUCUGCUUUCAGGGCUAGGCCUGCUCAGCUGUCCAAGACUUGUAGGAUGGGCCAUAAGUGCCUGGGGUGAAAUGUGUCGAAUCUCUAAAUUCUGUGAAUUACACACACUCUGUUACACAUUGAAGCAGAAGCCAGAGCUGUGAAAACUCAGUCACUGCCUUUUCGAAGCCGUAGGAGAGGAGUGGCAAAUAAUAGAUUUCCUCCUCUAAUUUUAAGAUGAAAUGAUUUCACCUGAAGCUUUUAAAUUUGGUUUUCUAUUUAGGUUGUUUAUACAUGUUUUUACCUGAUUCUUCAAACUUUAGCCCUAUCUGAGCCGUGAGAAAUACACUUCUGCACUUGGAGAAAUCCAGUACCCAAAUGCUGCGUUGCUUGUUCAAUGUGUCUCCGAUCAAAGUAUAGGAUUUCAUGCCCACUUUUCUUUUCUUCUUUUAAAAGAAAACGUAGUUUAUUGAGAAAUUACUGGAGAAUUUUUGUUUAACAGAUUCCUCAUUUUUAAUCCUGUCAUUUGAAAUGUCUAUCGUAAAGCCUCGACGGGGCAACAACUUAAAGGUGUUCUCACUUUUAACAUCUGAUUUAACCUUCAAAAUAGCCCUUUGCGGUGGCUCAGAGUACAGGGACCCGAGAUGCAGACGCCAGGGCUGCCACUCCCAGGAAGUGGACGGCAGGCCCCCGGGGACAGCCCUGUGGUCUCCACAGCAAGGCACAGUAGGACAAGGCACCGGGAUUUCUGUUGAGUGGCACCUUUUUUUCUUCAGACUUCAUGGAAAUUUCAAACACACGUGUUUACUGGAAUUUCAAGGACUAUAAAGCGUCCUCAUUUUAACUGGUAAGAGUAUUUUCCGUGUUUAAUAUACCUUUAGUGCCAAGUUGUUGGAGGUGGGAAAUAAGUUGAUUUCAUCACUGUGAAACCAUGCUUUGAUUUCAAAAGAAAAGAAAAAGAAACGUG